AGACGUAAACUGAUCAUGUUGUUGAGCGAGUUAUGCAGGUAGGUUCAAAUGUCAGGGAUACACAUGUAAAUCACAAACGCGACAACAUGUCCACUGAAUCAAAGCGUCGAUGUUCUUUCCUAAUUCUAAUGGUUGCAAUAGGUCUCUCAGGCCACGUAUGUAGUGGAGGAAACGUUUUACUGGUGCCAAUGCCAUUCUUUGAUAGCCACUGGUUCGGCCUUGCGAAAAUCGGACAGGCUUUGGCGAUGAAGGGGCACGUCGUCACAGUAAUUGUUCCGGUGGGCAUCGUAAAGAAACGACAGACAGAGAGGCCGGAUUUUCAUUACGAAACAUUCGAAGACCGAGGAACCAGGGCACGACUGAAGAAAGUUCAAGAGAGGUACUUUUCAGUGGCGGAAACAAUGUCUAUGAACGAGUGCUUUAUUAGACUAUCAGUCUCAUGUACGAAGGACAUUACAAAACACUGCGAUUUGCUGCUGGGGGACAGGGACCUCGUAAACCGACUGAAGGCAUCCCGAUACGAUGUUGUAAUUUUUGACCCCAUCUUCCCGUGUGGCGCAAUAGUUGCAGCCAUUCUUGAUCAUCCUCUGAUCGCCAUCUUGCGUGGAGAUCCUUUCUUUCUAGGCCACAAGGCUACAGGUGUACCGCUGCCUCCAUCUUACGUGCCACAUUUUGCUUCGGAUUUUACCGACCAAAUGGCUUUCGUACAGCGGGUACAGAACGUCCUGUUGACUACUCUCACACCCAUGGUGACAAAUUUGCUUGCGAGUAAGACAUACGGCGAAUUAGUCCGUAAAUGCAUAGGCGAGAAAGACACUAUCCAGAGUGUGGCGUCACGUACGGACUUGUGGCUACAUAGAACCGAUACUAUCUUAGACUUGCCCCGUCCUUCUAUGCCCAACAUGGUGCAAAUUGGUGGCUUGAAUGUCCGAGCGGUUGCAUCUCUUCCAAAGGAAUUGGAAGCCUUUGUCCAAAAGUCUGUAGAUGAAGGAGUGAUCGUUGUUAGUUUUGGAUCCAUGUAUCGAACGAUGUCACCGGAGAAGGCAGAAAUCUUUGCCUCAGCCUUGGCCCGACUCCGGCAGAAGGUGGUGUGGCGGUACACGGGAGAGAAGCCGGCCGGGCUGGGCAACAACACCAGGCUGAUGAGCUGGCUGCCUCAGAACGAUCUGCUAGGUCACCGCCAGACACGAGCCUUCAUCACCCAUGCCGGUUACAAUGGCUUGUCCGAGGCCCUGUACCACGGCGUGCCCGUGGUGUGUCUGCCGCUGUACGGGGACCAGCCCGGUAACGCCGCCCGGGCGGUGGCCAGGGGGCUGGGGGUGAAGUUGGACUUCAACACGGUCACUGCGGACCUGUUAUAUCAGGCCAUUAUCCAGGUUCUCACUAACAACAGCUUCCAUGUGACCGCAGCCCGCCUGUCCCGUCUGUCCCGUGACCAGCCCCAGUCACCCAUGGAGCGGGCCGCCUGGUGGAUAGAACACGUCAUCCAACAUGGCGGCCUGCCCCAUCUCCGCGCACGCGCCGUGGAGCUGCCGUGGUAUCAGUACUACCUGCUGGACGUGGUUGUGUUCCUGCUGUCCGUCUGUUCAGCUGUCCUGGGGACCGCGUGGUGCAGCUGUUACUUCAUGUAUGCGCAAGUAUUAAGAGGAAGAAGAAGCAGGAAUGUUCCUUUCACAAUGUUCGCACACAUCCCUGGAAAUUUCGCUGGUUAUUAUUUCUCGUAUAAUAUCUAUCAUAGAAAGCGAUAUUUGAGACUUAUAUAG